AUGGCUCUAGCAUUUUUGGCGGAAUCAAUGGUCUCCGUGCGAAGAUUAGAGGAAUUUCUCUUGUUGGACGAACUAAAAUCAUUUAAAGCUAAGGAACUUUCAUUUGAUUCUAAAGGCCUCAUUACUAAUGGCGUGGGUAAAGAAAAACAAUCGGAGAAGGCCAAACCAAAUCCAACAGGAUUGACACUGACCAACAUUAGUGCCAGUUGGUCAAAGAACGCUAUCGUAGAGACUUUGAGAAAUAUAACGUUGAAUGUAAAACCCGGAGAGUUUGUAGGUGUUGCCGGACUUGUUGGAUCAGGAAAGUCAAGCCUAUUGCAACUAAUUCUGGGUGAGUUAGAAGCAUCGCACGGGACCGUCUCUUUAGGCGGUGCGCGAAUAUCGUACGCCAGUCAGGAGCCCUGGCUGUUCGUCGCUACCGUGCGUCAGAAUAUUCUAUUUGGACUGCCCUACGAUCGCGUGCGUUACAAAAAGGUAGUUUCGGCAUGUGCAUUACUUCGUGAUUUUGAGUUGCUGCCGGCUGGUGACGCAACAUUGGUGGGUGAACGUGGCAUCAGUUUGAGUGGAGGCCAACGUGCCCGUAUUGGUCUAGCCCGAGCUUGCUACAGACAGGCAGAUCUAUAUCUUUUGGACGACCCGCUGUCGGCCGUGGACACUCACGUGGGCAAACACCUAAUAUCCGAGUGCGUCACCGGGCUCCUACAGAACACCACACGCAUCCUAGUAACACAUCAGCUACAUCAUCUUAAGGGAGCCGACAGUGUCGUAAUUCUACGAAAUGGAGAAAUUGAAACUCAAGGCACCUUUGAAGAAGUGUCCCGCUCACCGUUGUUCAAGGAGCUGCUAGAAGAAGAUGAACAGCCUGAGGCUGAAGGGCACACACAACUUCUGCGACAGCGUUCUAUGUCUAUACAGUCGCACACCAGUGUCAACAGUACGGUUGCAGAAUACGGUAAUGAAAAUGAGGAAGAACCCGAAGAAACCGCCGAGCUCAUGGAAAAAGGGCGCGUGUCCGGCUCCGUGUAUCUGAAGUACUUCCGUGCGGGCGGCGGCUGGGCGCUGCUGACUCUCACGCUCGUGUCUAUUUUACUGGCACAGGCUGUAACCUCCAUCAGCGACCUCUGGCUCACGCAUUGGAUGAACGACGUGGAAGCAAAACACUUACGUUUCGAAGACGAGAAAUUCAGCGCUAAUUACACGAGCACCAACAACGAGACAAACGUAUUCAACGAGACAACGGAACCACUAAUGCUGUAUGAUGCAACCACUGACCCAACUUCACCAACGACAAUGAAUCCAAACCUUACCGUCAUAGGCACAACGGUUAAAGCAGCACUAACUAUACAGAAUAUUACUGCGGGGCAGGAACCAUUAGAACAUUCUUAUUAUAUCUACAUUUGGGCGAGUGCUAUACUUGGAUGCAUAUUGCUUACAACUAAAAGAUCUCUGCUGUUUCUUUGGAUAUGCAUGCGCAGUUCUAUUAAGUUGCACAAUGUAAUGUUCAGUAACAUUCUUGCGGCCACAAUGCGCUUUUUUGACACUAAUCCAUCAGGACGCAUUCUAAACCGAUUUUCCAAAGACAUGGGCAUUGUUGAUGAGAUACUACCGAGAAUGUUCUUAGAAAGUAUGCAGGUAGUUAUGGUUAUGCUGGGAAUUUUAGUAAUGGUGGCUAUAGUGAAUCCGUACAUGUUGCUUACGACCGCUGUCUGCGGUGUAUUUAUGUACUUGUGGACGGUGAUCUACCUCGGCUCAGCGCAAGCCAUGAAGAGGGUGGAGGGGGUGUCUCGAAGUCCUGUUUUCUCACACGUAUCGGCCAGUAUGGCGGGCCUGACCACAGUCCGCGCGAGCAAUGCUGAAGAGAUGCUUCGUAAACAAUUCGACGACAAACAAGACGUGCACACGGCGGCAUGGUACUUGACACUAACAGCAAACACCGCUUUCUCGAUAUGGUUAAGUCUUAUAUCGGCCGUCUAUGUCAUCACUGUGGCCUAUUCGUUCCUUUUGUUAGAUAACGGUACAACGAAGUCCGGUAACGUAGGAUUGGCACUGUCUCAAGGCUUGAUCCUUGUGAACAUGGUGCAAUACGGCAUCAAGAUGGCGACGGAGGUGAUAUCUCAGAUGACAAGUGUAGAGCGCGUGAUGCAGUUCACGUCGCUGCCGCAGGAGCAGACGGCCGGCCCGGCGCCGCCGCCCGGCUGGCCGCAACGCGCCCGGCUCGUCUUCAAGGACCUUUAUCUACGUUACGACAUGGAAUCCGAACCGGUACUGAAGAAUCUAAACAUUGUCAUCGAGAGCGGUUGGAAGGUCGGUGUCGUGGGACGUACGGGCGCGGGUAAAUCAUCGCUCAUAUCAGCUUUGUUUCGCCUGGCACCCAUUGACGGCCACGUGUACAUCGACGAUGUCGACACCGGCAAAAUUGCUCUAAAGGAGCUUAGAUCCAAGAUCGCCAUCAUUCCUCAGGAGCCGGUGUUGUUCUCCGCCAGCUUGCGCUACAACAUGGAUCCAUUUGACAAGUACACUGAUGCCGACAUAUGGCAGGCGUUAGAACAGGUGGAGAUGAAGCAGAGCGUGACGUCACUGUCGGCGCCGGUGGCGGCGGGCGGCGCCAACUUCAGCGCGGGCCAGCGCCAGCUGCUGUGCCUGGCGCGCGCCGCGCUUUGCGCGCAACCGCCUGCUCGUGCUCGACGAGGCCACCGCCAACGUCGACCCCAAAAGUCAAUACGCAAACAUUUCGCCAAGUGCACAGUGAUAACGGUGGCUCAUCGACUGCACACUGUCGCCGACUCCGAUCGAGUCAUCGUCAUGGAAGCCGGUCAGAUCAUGGAAUCAGGUCAUCCACACGAGUUGCUACAGAAAAGUGACGGCUACUUCACCAGCAUGGUGAAGCAACUGGGUCCCGCCUCGGAGCAGAGUCUGAGGGAGCUAGCUAGCAACGCCUACGCACAACACAUCAAAUACGUAGACGCUGACGAACAAGCCCAAUCUUAA